AUGGCGAGCCAGGCCCAGCAUCAGCAUGCCCUAGCGUAUGCUGACCAUCGUCAGCCCUCGCCGACGCCGAGAACACGAUCCAGUACAGAAUCUUCGCACACAAAAGCCAGCGGGGUGCGAAGAGACAGUCUGCAGCAGCCCUCGCCAGACGCACAAGACGAGAUUGUGCCGACAACCUUUGAUGAAAGCGCGCUUCGGGUGCUUAUAGACAUGGAUGGCGGUGUGAACUGCAUCCUGGACCGUAUCAAACAGGGAAUGGCGUCUGCACGAGAAGCCGCGGUUUUCCUUCAGAAACGCGGCGCCCUAGAAGACGAACUAGGCCGCAGCAUGCACAAACUUGCCGUUGCCACCGCCAGUGCGUACGCGGCAAACGAAUGCAAAGCCGGGACAUUCUCCGCCGCAUGGGACCGCUCCAUGCAACUACACCAAACGAUUGCUGAUAAUCGGCUGAAACUCGCAAUCAACCUCACCGAAAUGAGUGAUCAACUCUCUUCUCUUGCAAAAGAGAUCGACAGGAAUAGAAAGACGAUCAAGGACACGCAUUCCGGUUACGAGCGGACCUUGCUUGAGUCCGAGGCGACCACAGACAAAUACAGACUCCGAUUUGAAGCCGCGCAGGAUGAAUUAGAGCGUUUCCUGGUCGCUAAGGAGGGUGAGAACAUUAAGGAUGCGCGAAUGCAAUCCUCCCCGCAAUCCUCUAGUUCAAAGAGAGGGCCCAUGGGACUAGGAAAGGCUGUUGUCAAAGGAGGGGGCAUGCUCCUCAAGGGCAAGAACCCUGUCGCCCUACAACGCCAGGAGGAGGAAGUCAGAAGCAGAAUGGCCAGCACAUCCGACGCGUAUCGAAAGGCUAUUCUCGAUACACAAGCAUUGCGUUCAGAAUACUUUAAUUUUCAACUCCCGAGAACACUUCGUGCUCUAAAAGAGUUGAACGAUGAAAUAGAUACGGCUAUGCAAUUCCACCUGUCGCGCUAUGCCUAUUUGUUGGAAUCGUCACUGCUAAGUGAUGCAGUCACACUCGUGCCCAAGGAUGAAGGCGACGGACCCGGUCUCAAGUCGAUCAUGGAAUCGAUAGACAACCGUGCAGACUUCAAGGCGUUUGUCUCCAACUACCGUGUUGCCCAUCAAGGCAUGAAUCGAGGUCCAAGACGAGAAGGGCCGCCGGAGCAAGGCUAUCUACCGCCAUUGUCGGCGUAUCCAACCGGCAACUAUAGUGGUGCUUACGCUUCUCAGCAAAACCUGGCCUCGUCACGAGGGGCCGAUGCCAGUGGUACAUUUGGCGUCGACCUUGUAGAGCAAAUGGAGCGAGAUGGCGGCGAGAUUCCUAGGAUCGUGGUCAAAUGUUGCGAGGCCAUCGAAAAGUAUGGACUUGACAUGCAAGGUAUCUACCGGGUCAACGGGACGCAAACGAAGAUUCAGAAGCUGAAAGAACUUAUGAAUCGAGACGUUGACUCGGUUGACCUCGAUGCGGACGAGUGGACGAGCGACAUCAAUAACGUCGCGAGUCUGUUGAAGAUGUGGCUGCGAGAGUUGCCGGAGCCGUUAAUGACAAAUGCACUCUAUACGGGCUUUAUCGAAGCAGCUAAAAACGACAAUGAGCGGCUUCGACACAUCCGAAUACAUGAGCGUGUCAAUGAUCUUCCCGAUGCAAAUUAUUCCACGCUUAAGUAUCUGAUGGGCCACCUAUCAAAAGUUGUCGAGAAUCAAGCGGUCAACUCAAUGUCCGUGCACAAUCUCGCCGUGAUCUUUGGUCCAACGCUGUUCGGUUCCCCUGGAAUCUCCGCAUCGAUGAUGACCAAUGGUCAUGGAGGCAUGAACGGUGUCCCAAGCCCUGGCCAAGGUGGAGCAGGUGGCGGGGUGAUGAACGAUAUGGGCGCUCAGAACAAGGCUAUCGAAAUGAUCCUUGACAGGUACAAAGAUAUUUUCGUCGAGGAGGCGUGA